AUGUUAUAUAGUAGAUCUACUAAUGUAUCUACGGAAUCCCUCAGUUUCUCACAUCGAAAUAUAGAAUCUAAUCUCUUUGGACUUAUAGAUGAUACUGUCGAAUUAUCCGACAAUAAACCUGCAGAACCCAAAAUAGAGGGUAUUCGUGUGGUAGUCUCUAUAGAUUUUGGAACUACCUUUUCUGGCUACGCAUACGCUAAUAUAUAUGACAAUGAAGGUCGAGAUGAUACUGAAUUCCAAUACUAUGCCAAUAAUUCAUGGAUUAAAACAAAUACUGUACUUCUGUAUGAUAAAGAAUUCGAUAAUGUUUUGGAAUGGGGAGAGAAAGCCUUAACAGAAGUAAAUGAUAACACAUCAAGAUCAGUAGAGCUAUUUAAACUUGGUUUGAGUAAAAUAGAACUUGGUUUAAGUAAAUUAGAAAUUGGUUCAAGCGAAUUAAUUAAGAAUAUAAAGCUAAAUCUUCCUACACAACUUCAUCGGAUUGAGGAACAGAGAUAUGUAAGAGCGAUUACCGACUAUUUAACGAAAAUGG